GACCUGGAGCGGGCGGCCUGCCUGCGCACGCUCAAAGGCCACGCUGGCAUGGUGACCUGCGUCGCCAUGCAGUGGUCCCAGAGGCGCGCGCUCAGCGGCUGCUCCGACGGUACCCUGAUGGCGUGGGACUUGGAUUCGGGGCAGCGCGCGGGCCUGCUGGAGGGCCACGAAGACCAGGUGCUCGCCCUGGACGUGGACCCGGCGGCGCGGCGCGCGUUGAGCGGCUCAGCCGACCGCACCCUGCGGCUUUGGUCCCUGGACGACACAAGCUGCAUCGCGACCUUUCGAGGCCACACGGGCCCGGUGUCGUGCGUGGCCCUGUGCGGCCAGUGCGGGCAGGCCGUCAGCGGCUCGCACGACAGGUGCGUGAAGCUGUGGGACGCGCUCACCGGGGCCUGCCUCCGCUCCUUCGCUCACGGGGAGGCCGUGACCUCGCUGUCCGUCGACUGGGCCCUGCGACAGCUCCUGACGGCCUGCAAGGACGCGAUCCGGCUCUGGGACAUGGACAGCACGGAGUGCGUGCAGUCUCUGCCUGGCCAUCUGGAUGGCAAGUUCAACGUCAGCGUGGGCCACGUCGAGGCUGCGACGAAGGUGGUCAUGAGCAGCUCGACGGCCCGAGCUGUGGCGUGA